UACAAAAGACGCGUCUACGUUAGCCGAUAGGUUCAUGGUACCAAUUGGUUGUAAAUCGUAACUGUACCCAACACUGUAAAAUGUCCGAAGAACAGGUGACAGAAGAAUUAGUAUCAUCUGAAAUGGGCAUGAAAGAAUACUGGAAUGAGGCAUAUUUAAUUGAGAAGAAAAAUUUCAGUGACUAUGGAGAUGUUGGAGAGAUAUGGUUUGGAGAAGACAGUGGUCUCAGGAUUGUGAGAUGGCUGUGUUCCAGUGCGUUAGUGAAGAAAGAUGACAGAAUUAUUGACUUGGGUUGUGGAAAUGGAAUGCUGUUAGUUGAAAUGGCUCGUGAAGGUUUCAUUAACCUUACUGGAGUAGACUAUUCUCAGAAUGCUAUUGAUUUAGCUGAAUCAAUAAUGAAAAAACAAAAUGUCACAAUUGGAUAUGAGGUGUGUAAUUUUUUGAGCUUAGAUGGCUCUGCAAUGUCCAGAGAAUAUGCUAUUGUUCUUGAUAAAGGAACAUAUGAUGCCGUAAGCCUUCAUCCACAUGACUCCAAAGGAAAGAGAGAGAAAUACAUUUUAAAUGUAUGGAAAUUGCUGAAACCACAGGGUUUGUUUGUCAUCACUUCAUGCAACUGGACUGAGAAAGAGCUAAUAUCACACUUCGGUGCACAAUUCUGCCUUUUUGAUGUAAUACCAUCACCAACAUUCAAAUUUGGUGACAAAACAGGAAACCUAUUUACUUCACUUGUUUUGCUAAAGAAAUAAUAGUUUUUUAUGAAGAUUUGUAUUUACAGGACAUGUCCAAUUCCAAUUCUUCAAAAGAUGUUGCAGAGAUUGGAGACCAGUUUAGGUCUACAAAUUGAAGAAAACAGCUAAGCUUAAGAAGGAGACAACAUUAAAAUAUUAAAUAAAACAAGUUAUAAAUGGGAAAAAAAGUGUGGAUUUUUUUGUACUGAAUUGUGUUUUAUAUAAGACACUGUUUGUAUUUAACAUAAAUCUGUACUGUUUAAACCAGAAAGCUAAGUAUGUAUCAAAUAUUUCUUCAGUGCUUUAUUAAACAUUAAGUAUAGAUACAUAAAUUGACAGUAUUUCAAUUUUUACAGUACAAACAUUGAACAUUAUGUGCUAGGUUUAUACUACUAUGGUGAGAAAAAUAUGCAGAUCUUCCUAUAUAUUUAAUGUAGCAAUUUCCACCAUAGAAUUUUUAUGUUUACUAGCACAUAUAUACACAUACAUUACAAUUAUGUAUACACUAGCUCAGUAUUUAAACCAAUUUAAAAUUUAAUGUUUUGAUGGUGAUAUUUUUAGACUAGCAAUACUUUAUAAUUGUGUUUUUUGUAUAUCAGGAUAUAAAAUAAAUAUUGACAAACUU